AUGAAAUUACAAGAGAAGAUUGAUUCUGCUGAGGAUGGGCAUGAUUUCAUGGGAAUGGACAAAGUUGUCAGGUUGUGGGGAGAUUUUCCAAUGGAGGAUCAAAUAUUGCAAACCUACACUCUACCCAUCUACAACAUUUUCCAGCUAGAAUUGCGGAAGAUAACAUCCUACAAUGCUAGGGACUGUGGUGGUGGUGUGUUUGAGGUUUUCCCAGUGCAAGGUACUGUCUAUGGUUAUGGCAGAAGAACCUAUGUGGUUGACGUUGAUCUUGAAAAUCUCAUGUACAACUGCCAGUGCUGCAAGUUUUACAAGGAUGGAAUUCUUUGUUGCCACAUUAUGAAAGUAAUGUCUUACAUUGGUGAAGUGCGAGAGAUACCUGAGCACUACAUUCUACCUAGGUGGUCCCUACCCCCUCCUGAUAUUGUUCCAUCCAUUGUCGAGCCAGUACAGAAAAAAACAGAGAAAAUGUCUAGAAAAGACAUGAGGUUACUGCGGUAUGGAAAUCUUUGCAAUGAUUUUUCAAAACUCGCUGUUGAAUUGGCAGUUUCUGAGAAAACAAAGGAAAUAGCAGACAAGCACAUGAUUGCAAUGAGCAAAGAACUAGCUGCUUUGAAGAAAGCUAAUGCAGAUGCACUGAAGAGGAGGAAAAGCAAGUCAGUUGCGACUGAAGAUAUUUCAGAUUCUUCUCCCUUUGAGGGAAGAAUGGAUGAAGAUGUUUCUCAAUCUAGAAACAAGAAAGCAAAAGACCCCCCUGUUACUGCAGCUAAAGGAAGACCAUGCAGUAAAAGGAAGAAAGGUGGACUCCAGCUAAAGAAACCUAACCCAACUACUUGUAGUGUUUGUGGUGAAAUCGAUCAUGAUGCAAGGAAUUGUCCAGUAAGAUUGGCAAAUCCAGAGAAAUUCCCUUUUCAUCAAUUUUUCCAGUGA